GAAUUUUAGAGUUGUAAGGGAACUUAUAAAUGACCUAGUCCAAUCUCUGUAUCUUAUUGUUGAGGAAACAGGCCUAGAGAAUUAAAUAACCUGCCUACUCAGCUAUUCGUUGACUAUCAGGAUUCAAACUCAGUUCACCUGAUAGGCUGUUCAGAGUUAUUUCCAAUAUAUCCUUUUGCCUCUUCACUAAUGUACUGAAAAGUACUUUAGAAUUGCAUAAAUGAAGAAGAUUCAAACAUAAGAGAUAUUUAAAAUUGGGAAUCAUUCUUUAUUUCUAUCUUUCUCAGAAUUCACUCAUUUUUUCUCCUAGGUUGGGUACUUUCCAGUUCUGAAACUAUAUAUUAACUACCACUUAAAGAGUUAAUCUUUCUAGAUGCUCUAUAAACUAUUUAAGGCAGAUAAAACAUGCAUAUGGGAUAAUUAGAGAGGGGGAGGACUAGUGCCUUUGGUGAGAGGGCUUGCCAAGCCCUUUUUAGUGUUCUUGUCAACCUUUGAUGUCCACCUUUCACCCAACUGUCAUCUGUGGUUCUCAGAAUCUGUAGCAUGUGCAGCAGCCACACUCCAGGAAAUCAUCUUGGCAAAUGGGCUGAACUAGUCUGAGGGUAACCAGCAAACCUCAGACUCAUUGGAUUAUUUAAUAAUCAGGUGCCCUUUUCAGAGAUUUCUGUUCCUUUCCUGCUCGGGCCUAGAAGUGAGCCAUGACUACAAAUGCCAAGUACAACAUCCUGCGAGAAGUGGGCCGUGGCAGCUAUGGGGUGGUAUAUGAGGCAGUUGUCAAUCAGACUGGAAAAAAGGUGGCAGUCAAAAGAAUGCAUUGUAAUGGACCUGAAAAUGUGGAAUUAGCUCUUCAAGAGUUUUGGGCUCUUCAGAGCAUUCAAAGUCAACACGAAAAUGUGAUCUGGUUGAAAGAGUGUAUCUUGCAAAGUGGCCAGGUUUUCCAGCCAAUGAGCCACCACUGCAAUAAGACAGAUGAUCAAUUGCUGCUAAUAGAAACCUGUCUCAAAGGGCGUAGAUGUGUGGAUCCCAAGUCAGCCUGUUACCUGUGGUUUGUGAUGGAGUUUUGUGACAGUGGCAACAUGAAUGAAUUCUUGCUGGCCCGAAGUCCAGAUGCCCAGUUGAACAAGAGUUUCAUGCAGCAAAUGAGCCAGGCAGUGGCUUUCUUGCAUAGAAAUCAUAUUGUGCACAGAGAUCUAAAGCCAGAUAACAUCCUCAUCUCAAAUAGCUGUGGAGGGCCUGUGUUAAAGAUAACAGAUUUUGGCCUGAGUAAAGUAUGCCAGGGGAGUGUGAAUGUAAAUCAACAUCGAUUUUCUUCUGCCUGUGGUUCAGAUUUCUAUAUGGCUCCUGAAGUGUGGGAAGGCAGCUACACAGCUAAAGCAGACAUCUUUGCCCUUGGGAUAAUUUUCUGGGCCAUGAUUGAGAGGAUUACUUUCAGGGAUGCAGAUUCUGAGAAGGAACUGCUUGGAACUUAUAUAUGCCAAGGGAAGGACAUAAUCCCAAUUGGAGAAGCAAUGCUAGAAAACCCCAGCAUGAAGCUGCAAAUUCCCUUGAAAAAAAAGAGAUGCAUGCCAAAUGAUCUCUGUAGACUUCUUCAUGACAUGUUGGCUUUUAACCCCAAGGAACGACUAGAUGCCUUCCAGCUUGAAAGUCGUAUUAAGCAGACGUCCUAUGGAGAAAAGAUUCAAUGUUCUAGCUCUUCAAAGUAAAGUAUAUUCAGGAAUGAUUAUAGUUCAAAGGUGAAUGAAGCCAUUCAUAUAUUACCAUGCCAGACUUCAGAAGGCCCUGUAGGAGUUCUAAACAAGAGCUUUUGGAAUCCUACAGAACCAGAGCGUGAUACUAAUGGGAAUCUGGAAACAGCAAGAAUGGGCUUUGGCAGUAAUACAUUUUAAAAUUUCCAUGCCUUUUUCUUCUUCCUUUCUUUUCUCCCAUGAGAUUCAUAAUUGUUAAGUACUGAAAUAAAACUGGUUUUUAGGAGCUUA